CACGCUUCCCAGGCUGCAGGGAAAGCUCAGUUCUCCGCCCUCCCGGAAGUUGUUGCACAGUCGUUUCCGGGGCGGCGUGAGGUUGGGGAGGACUCCGAAUGGGUCGCAGCCGCAGCCGGUCCCCGCGAAGGGAGCGUAGGCGGUCCCGGUCCACCUCCCGAGAGAGAGAACGCAGGCGCCGAGAAAGGUCCCGGUCCCGAGAGCGAGACCGGAGAAGAAGCCGCUCUCGAUCCCCGCACAGAAGACGUUCCAGAUCCCCAAGACGACAUAGAUCCACAUCUCCUUCCCCUUCUCGACUAAAAGAAAGAAGAGAUGAGGAGAAGAAAGAAACAAAAGAAACAAAGAGCAAAGAACGUCAGAUAACUGAGGAAGACUUGGAGGGCAAAACAGAGGAAGAAAUAGAAAUGAUGAAGUUAAUGGGAUUUGCCUCCUUUGACUCCACAAAAGGGAAAAAGGUGGAUGGCUCUGUAAAUGCCUAUGCCAUAAAUGUGUCUCAGAAGAGGAAGUAUAGGCAGUACAUGAAUCGAAAAGGUGGAUUCAACAGACCUUUGGAUUUCAUUGCAUGAGAAUUGAAAUAUUGAAGAAUGAUUUUUUUCCCCUCAUCUUGAUGAGAACAGUGGAUUUUGUAUUUUGUAUUUAAUAUGCAUCAAAAACAGGAUCACAGUCCCUCCUCCUUGUAAAGUAAGAAAAGUUUAUUUAUGAUGUGUGUAGUUCACUUACCCUGCCUCAAAAAAAGGUUAAAUAUUACAUUUUUUUCCUUUAGGAAAUUUCAUUUGGGGCAAUCAUCAACCCCAUUUUUUUCCCUUAUUCCUAUGGAAACUGUAUAUGUCUUCUUCUUGGAUGCUCUCUAUGACUUUUUAAAACACAUAAGAGUAAUUUGGAAGUAAGUUUCUCAAAUAAAGCAAUAUUUUUACCCUUU